GCUUAUAUGCCACCACACACUUCUCACUUAAGAAAAUGGAUAACUCUUUACAAAGUGCUAAACUUGUGCUUCUACUGGCUAUUGCUUUGGUCCUAUUUCUUAACACAGAGCUGAAUUUUCAUAUAGCUGCUGGAGCCUUAGACAGUGAUAGCAAAGUUUAUAUAGUGUAUCUUGGCGAAAGAGAACACGAUGAUCCAGAACUUGUCACAGCUUCUCAUCACCAAAUGCUUGAAUCACUUCUUCAAAGCAAAGAAGACGCACGUAACUCGCUGAUCUACAGCUACCAACAUGGAUUCUCAGGUUUCGCGGCACUUCUUACGUCAUCACAAGCAAAGAAAAUUUCAGAACAUCCAGCAGUAAUCCAUUUUAUACCAAACCGGAUUCUGAAACUGAAAACCACAAGAACUUGGGAUCACCUUGGCCUCUCUCCAAUUCCAACUUCUUUUUCUUCAUUAUCAUCUGUAAAAGGUCUUCUUCAUGACACCAACUUGGGCAGAGAAGCUAUUAUCGGUGUCAUCGAUUCCGGAAUAUGGCCAGAGUCAAAGGCACUCAACGAUCAAUGGCUUGGACCAAUACCUAAGCGUUGGAGAGGAAAAUGUGAACCAGGAGAGCAGUUUAACGCCACAAUACAUUGCAACAACAAGCUGAUAGGAGCUAAGUACUAUUUAAACGGUGCAGUCGCUGCAAUUGGAGGAAAAUUCAACAGAACAAUCAUCCAAGAUUUCAAAUCCACCAGAGAUGCAAACGGUCACGGCACACAUACAGCCACAAUAGCUGGUGGCUCAUUCGUUCCCAACGUGAGCAUCUAUGGUCUAGCCCGAGGUUUGGUCCGAGGUGGUGCUCCUCGGGCCCGCAUAGCCUCGUACAAGGCGUGUUGGAACGUAAUGGGAGAUGAAGGAGGAGGAACUGAUGGAAGAUGCACAACUGCUGAUAUGUGGAAGGCUUUUGAUGAUGCUAUACAUGAUGGGGUUGAUGUUUUGUCGGUUUCUAUUGGGGGAGCUAUUCCCGAGGAUUCCGAGGUCGAUAAGCUCGAUUAUAUCGCGGCUUUUCACGCGGUGGCUAAAGGAAUUACGGUUGUGACUGCUGCGGGUAACGAAGGGCCUGGUGCUCAGACUGUUAACAAUGUUGCUCCUUGGCUUUUGACUGUUGCUGCAACUACUCUUGACCGGUCUUUUCCUACAAAGAUCACACUUGGGAAUAAACAAACCCUCUUUGCUGAAUCUCUGUUCACUGGACCGGAGAUUUCAACCGGUUUAGUUUUCUUGGACUCAGACAGUGAUGAUAAUGUUGAUGUGAAGGGGAAAACAGUUCUUGUUUUCGAUAGUGCCACUCCAAUUGCAGGGAAAGGUGUAGCAGCAUUAAUCCUAGCCCAAAAGCCUGAUGAUCUUCUUGCUCGAUGCAAUGGUUUAGGAUGCAUAUUCGCGGAUUACGAGCUUGGAACUGAGAUUUUAAAAUACAUACGUACCACCAGAUCUCCCACGGUGAGAAUUAGUGCUGCUAGGACAUUAACCGGUCAGCCUGCAACGACUAAGGUUGCUGCAUUCUCAUGUAGAGGGCCUAAUUCUGUUUCACCAGCCAUUCUCAAGCCUGAUAUAGCAGCUCCGGGUGUGAGCAUACUCGCGGCAAUAAGUCCGCUUAAUCCAGAACAACAGAACGGAUUUGGACUUCUUUCAGGGACAUCGAUGUCAACUCCUGUUGUUUCUGGAAUCAUAGCUCUCCUAAAAUCUCUACACCCUAAUUGGUCUCCUGCUGCAAUGAGAUCAGCUUUGGUCACAACAGGUUCUUGCUUCUUCUUAUUCUUCUUUUUCAUAAACAAACCGUUACUGACUAAUCGAUUUCUUUGGAGGACAAGUCCCUCUGGAGAACCUAUAUUUGCUGAAGGAUCAAACAAGAAGCUUGCAGAUCCAUUUGACUAUGGAGGAGGACUUGUAAAUCCCGAAAAAGCUGCUAAACCCGGUCUUGUAUACGAUAUGGGGAUCGACGAUUACAUCAAUUAUAUGUGUUCCGCGGGUUACAACGACUCUUCAAUCUCUCGUGUGCUCGGUAAAAAGACUAAGUGCCCAAUUCCUGAGCCAUCAAUGCUUGAUAUCAACUUACCUUCAAUCACAAUCCCAAAUCUUGAGAAAGAGGUCACACUCACAAGAACUGUAACCAAUGUUGGACCCAUCAAGUCAGUCUACAAAGCCGUGAUCGAGCCUCCUCUCGGUAUAACUCUCACCGUGAACCCAACCACUCUCGUUUUCAAAUCUGCAGCUAAGAGAGUACUCACUUUCUCGGUUAAGGCUAAAACUAGUCAUAAAGUGAACAGUGGCUACUUCUUUGGAAGCUUAACAUGGACUGAUGGUGUUCAUGAUGUUAUAAUCCCUGUCUCUGUUAAGACUCGUUAUUCGAUGUAAUGAAAAGAGCCAUAUGAUGCUCAUGGUAUUUGCUCUUAUGCAAUUUGUUGCAAAUCUAAACUCUAAGUGUCAAAUCAAGAUCCAAGAUCAUCAUAAUAAAAAAUCAAACCACAAAUAACUUGGAUU